ACCCAUGUAUUGUUCAUUCGAUUGCGUCAAGUGAAAGCGUAUAGACGGCUACGCGUGCCAAGACUCAAGUAUCGUACAUAAGAAUAGCCAAGCUAUGCACGUUAGCGAUAAGAAGAAGCAGCGAGUGCGUAAUAGGGCCAGAAACAAAUGUAAUCGGAAUGAAGCCCAACAGCAGGUUGAGGAUCAGCAAGCUUCAACUUCAAAUCCAGAGACUACUCCUGAAUCAGUCGCUAUCAUUGAAGAAGACAAAGAUAGCGCCAUUUGUAUUAUACAACAGUUGUUGAGGAAAAAGUUGCUGACCAGCAAGAAGAAGAAAGCGCCAGCUGCCACCCCCAAUGUGGCACCCACACCUGCGCCAGCUGCCACUCCCAAUGUAGUACCCCCGACUGCGCUAGCUCCUCCAAUUUCUGCUGUGCACCAGCAGGACGAGCAGAGCCAGCAAAUGCAUGAUCUGCUCAAGUGUCUCAAUAGCAAACUGCAAAAGGCCGGUCAAGGUGCCAGUGAAGUGCCAAGGGAAGCCCUGCUGAGCCACCUGGGCAAGAUGCUCAGUACAGCGCCCUUAAGCGAUGCAGAGUCUAGCGACGAAGAGGCCGAGUAUGUUGAAUAUAUAUAUAAGCCACGCCCCUAUUUCAUGACAGCACUGUGCAACCAUUGCAAGAUGGAUUUGUGUGGCAGACAGGCGCUGCCUUGCAAGGAUUGCGGCUUGAGCUACUACUGUUGCAUGCCACACAUGCGAGAGGAUCACGCGCAUCGCCAGCUCUGCUAUGGACUGCGUCAGCUAGUCCAACAGAAUGGUCAUGACAUAUUUUAUAAAUCUGCCGACUUCGACGCUGAACAAUUUCGAUCUUAUCGCAUUGUUUGCAUCCGGCACCUCGAGAAGCUUAUAAAUCGUCCACUGAGCGCCACGGAACAGGAGCUGCUGCUGUUUCCGCUCAUCUGUAAUCAAAAUACUUGUCGUGAACAUCGCUUCAAGCGACUUGUAAGAUGCGGUCAAUGUGGCGAGGUGGCUUAUUGCAAGGAUCAAGCGACGCAUCUGAGUGCUACGCAUGCUCAAUGGUGUGGCGCCUACAAACUGUUUAAGGCAUUGGUUAUUUUUCAGUCCAAGUUUGGACGUGUGGAGCCACCAUUGCCUGAUGCGGUGCUGAAGGAUUUACCCAUGGCAUGCUCUAAUACCAGACAAAUACUCAAAAAGUUGCAUUUUAAUGUUAGCGAUGAAUGCGAAUUUGCUGCACUUACUCAGAUAUCCACAGGACCCUUAACGGUUUUCUAUGCGCUGAAACUUUGCAACCGACUGCGUGAAUCGGAAUUAACUGUACAUUUAAUAGGCGCUGAGAUGGAAUUCGAAGUGGAUGUAUUUCAGAAAUGGGAAUUAUUUUUACUGCACAUACUACCACCAGUACAAACUUUAAAUGUGGUUUUUGUUGGUCCAGAGCUAAAUCCAAAUAAUAUAAAUUUCGAGCAAUUGAAGAAGAUUAGAUGCUGUCGUUUAUGCCGCAAAGCCCAACGCACUGUGCAAUAUUAUUUUGAAAAUCGCCUUUAUCAUGACUAUUGCAAGGACUCUAAAUUUAUACAUCCCGACUUAGUUUGCUUUUUCAACUCCGGUCUAUAUCGCUCCACGGGCUUUGCAUUGGAGGAUACUUGGCCGGACACUAUUCGUGCUUCAUUGGAUCUUAAAUGCCCCAUUGUAGUCACAUCGUAUACCAAGUAUGAAGCACCGCUGGACAUGAGUCAGUUUAUCAAUGAGUCCAAUCGUCAUUUGAAUGUUGCCUUGCCGCCCACUACAAAUCCAUUUGCCUCGGAGAAACCAGAACGUAAUUUUAUAUCAGACCAUGAUGCUCCUUUCAUGUUUAAGAAUUAUCAAUGUUUUGUUAUUGAAUAAUAAAUUAUAGAUAUGAAUAUGCUGAUCAUAUA